CCCUUACUUUCUGCUUCAGUUAAGAUAUUUUUUCCUUCAGGUCAGCUGUUCUCACCUCUUGCCUUUAUUGACAUCUUUUAUCCUUCACUUCUAUUAUUUCUACAGCGUUUCUGAACACAUAAAUUCUCUAAGUGUUUUUUGUCACCAUGGCUGAAAGAAGUCGCCUUCAAAUGAGAAGAAAAGAAAAAGAAGCUGCAGAAGUGACCAAGGAUGUAAAGGAAGUGACGAAUGAAGGAGAGAAGGCAGUGGAACAUGGAGAGACCUCAUCAGCUGAGGCAUCGGCCACCAAUGGUGCCCAGAAUGGAGAUCUUCAGGUGGAGCCGAUGGAACUACCUCCGUUUGAAAUCAUCACAGGAGACCGGAUAGAUCCUUUUGUGUUUAAGUUCCAGUUCAAGAAUGUUGAAUACUCCUCGGGCCGCAACAAAACCAUUCUGUGUUACUUAGUGGACAGAGGGAACACGAUGGAUGGGCUUCUGAGAGGCUUCCUGGAGGACGAACAUGCCGGGACUCAUGCUGAGGAGGCUUUCUUCACACAGUGUCUGCCACACUGUGAUCCUGCAACCAAGUGCACCGUCACCUGGUACGUGUCCUCCAGUCCCUGCUCUGCCUGCACUGCUAAAAUAGCUGAAGUGUUGAAGUCCAGGAAGAACAUAAAGCUGAGUAUCUUUGCUGCUCGACUGUUUGAGUGGGAGGAAGAGGAGAUCCAGGCUGGGCUGAAGGCACUGCACGCCGCUGGCUGUAAGCUGAGGGUGAUGAAGCCUCUCGACUUCUCCUACACCUGGGACACAUUUGUGGAGAGCGAUGAUCAACCUCUGAACCUGUGGGAGGACUGCAAAGAAAACUAUGAGUUUUAUCAUGAAAAGCUGGCUGACAUUCUGGAGUGACGACAGUAAGUGUGGAAGGAAGCGUCUGUUUCACACCAGGACUGAAUUAAGGAGCUGUGAUGGUAAAUAUGCUCUUCAAAAUGUGCUGUGUCCAUUCAUAUUUUAUGCACACAUUUAUGAUAUGUUUCUCAUUUAAAGCAUAGGUGUUAAAAAAAGGUCUUAUUUUAAAAAGCUGUGCAAAUAUUUAAGACGGAGGUUGUUAAGAAACAAAAAUAAGGAGGGAAUCAGCAGGUGUACCAGCUACAAACAGGGAAGCCUUGAAACAAAUAGAAAUCAAAACAUAGUAGCCUGAGUUCAUUAAGUAGAACUCAAACCCAGAAAAAUCCUGACAUUUAUACCAGUGACACCAGUCAGCAGCAGAACUAGAGCAGAAAACCAGAAGUUUGAAAGGAAAGCUCCACUGUUUUCUGUCUCUGGCUGAGCUGGGUGAAAUGACAGUUUCUUUGCAUUAAUUGCCUGGUUGUGUGUUAGGUGUAGGGUGUAUUUGUCUGUUUUUAGCUCAGUAUUUACAUCUAGGGAUAAGAAAAAGGCAAACUAUUUUGUCUCACCUAAAUUUUCCAGGUUCUAUAUUAGUUGUAAACAUGUAAAGUCUUUUUUCUUUCAGUAAAGCUAAAAGUUAGAAAGUUAAAGUUAGUUUAUUUAUAUAGCACAUUUCAACAACAAGGCGAUUCAAAGUGCUUCACAAGGACAUUAAAACAGCACAUGAAAACACAAUUAUAAAAAGAAAGAAAACACAUUUAUAAAAUCAUUAAAAAGGUCAUUAAAAUUUAAGGGUGCAGAAGAGUAAAAGAAUCAAAAACAGAAGUUAGGAAACAAGGACAUUUUAAAAGUUACACUGCAGAGUUUGUCAUAAAAUAAGAUUUAAAAUAACUGUUAGAAGAACUUAGUCAAAAGCAGCUGAGAACAGGUAAGUCUUCAGAAUGGACUAAAUGUGCUGAGAGUUUCAGCUGAUCUACAGGCAGUAGUAGUGCAGGAAACCUUGCUAACAGAUGGACAUAGGGACAGAUAGGGACAGUGGUGGACAGCCAGUAUGAAGCCUUCAGUUUGGCAUUUGGUCAUCAUCAUCUUUGUUUGUUGAAACUGGACUAAAGGUCGCCUCACCCUGAAGUAUAUUCAGCAUAAUUGUUUGUGUUCUUCUAAAUAGAGCCAUGAUUUACAAAAUGAACAGUGCUGUAUGUUUUCUAUACAAUCAGACUUCUGGUCCCUCGGCUUCAUUUUUCAGAUCCCAGAUUACACAGCUCUUGUAAAUGGUAAAUGCAAGUCUGUUUAAUUUGACCUGUUUUAGUCCUGACCUCAUCUCCGUACGGAGGAAACACAGGCUGCAGUUUAACUCAGAAACACUGAGGAGUGAACAGGUCAAUGACAUGAACAGUUUGUUGUAGAUCUGCUGCAGUUUUUGGAAAUGUUUUGAAUAAAGUGUGUAGAAUAAAAAAAUCUCGAAUUUA